AUGACCAGGCCGAGUGCGACGACGGCCUCGACCCCGACUGCAACCGCACCAGCCAGCAGUGAUCCCGGCUACACGCGGCUGCAUAUCAGCCCGCUCGACGCGGACCUGCUCAGCGUCAUUGUGCCCGGCUCGAUCCGAUCGGAUGCCCGCAACAUAUCGUAUCACGGCCUCCAAUCGUUUCCCGAGAAGCGGUACGGCUACGUGGACCUGCCGAGUGCCGCGGCCGACAAGCUGCGCAACAAGCUGAACGGAGCCGUGCUCAAGGGUGUGAAGCUGCGCAUCCAGCCGGCACGCACCCGGAAGAAGGAAGAAGACGGGUGGGCGCCCCGGAAGCAGAGCGACGACGACGACAGCAUGGCGGGCUUCCACAGGACCAGAGGCCGAAGGGAGAACAAGGAUUUCAUGCAGAGCGCCACGUUUGGGCUGACGACGUGGCGACGACUCGGCGGUGCGGCGGCCUCGGAAGAGAUCCCGGGCAUCCAGCUGGAAGUGGGCCGUCAGGUCAAGCGCGGCUGGACCGAGGGCGAGGACGAGAAGAUUGCGCGGAAAAAGGCCAAGAAGGAGGAGCGCAACAGCAGCAAGAGCAAAAAGAGUGCGGACAAGCCCAAGACGGAGCAGAAGAUGCGCCAGAGAGCGGCCAAGUACACCGACAAGAAGGAGUGCCUGAUGAAGACGAUACUGCCACCCAAGGCUAUGGCAGCCGAAAAGGCGGCAGCAGCAGCAGCAGCACCGACUACAGCAGACGCAGCUGCUGUCGUGCCAGAGGAAGAGGACGAAGAGACACGGGCACGCAGGAGAAAGCGGGACAAGCGGGCACGACACGUAGUGGUGCAUGAGUUUGCGCACUCGACCAAGUUUCCGACCUUUCUCCGGUCGGCCGGCGAUGGCGCGGCUCCUCUGCGGGCCAAUCUCGAGUUUGUCGACGGCAAGGGCUGGGUAGACGGCACGGGCGACGUGGUGGAGGCGAUGCUGAGCACGCGGCCGGCCGUGGUGACAGCCAAGAUCGAGACGGAGGCGCUGAAGGCCAAGAUCGAAAAGGUCCGAAAGGCCCAGAUUGUCAGCAGUGACGAUAGCAGCGACACGAGCGACUCGGGUGAUUCGAUCAGCAGUAGUGGUGAGAGCUCAGAGGAGGAGGAAGAGGAAGAGGAUGAGGAUGAGGACGACGAGAACAAGGAGACAAAAAUGGCAGAGGCACCGCCGAUGGUCGAACGGCCCAAGUCGUCGAGCUCAUCCAAGGGCCUAACCAUUCAGAUCCCGGCUGCCGUCGAGGUGCACCCGCUCGAGGCGCUCUACAAGAAGACCAAAGCGACAGCUGUUGGCGACGACAAGACCAGAGGCGACGCCGACGCCGACAAGACUGCAGCCGAGCCGUUCAGCUUCUUUGGCGGAUCAGACGACGUCGACGAUGCCGACGAUGGCGACGACGACGGACAGCCGCAGCCGACGACGCCGUACACGGAAAAGGAGCUGGAGUGGCGCCAUGUGCGCAGCGCGGCGCCGACACCAGACACGGCGCAUCCCAGCCGGAGUGGCAGCGGGCGGUGGCCGUUCGGGGACCGAAUGGAGGAGGACGACGACGACAACGACGACGACGAAAACGACAACGAAGCCGGAGCGACCAGGGACAAGGAGGCUGCGGUCACCGACGAUCCCACGGCCGACUUUGAGAGCUGGUUCUGGGACAACCGUGGCGACCUCAACCGGGCGUGGAAGAGGCGGCGCAAGACGGCCGCCAAAGAGAAGCGGUACCGUGACAACAAAGCGCGGGCCGGCCGGGCGAUCUAA